AGUCUGUACGAUACUCUAUUUAUUUGAUUUCAAUUUUACCUUUACAAAAUCUAAUUAUUGAGAAAUUGUUAACUUAGAAUUUGAUUUUGACAACUAUACAAUAUUGUGUUUCUUUUGUUUCUUAAAGUUAGAAUCUCAAUAUAUAAUUCAUUUGUUUCUUAAAGUUAGUGUUUUUUAAACAAAGUUAAAUUAUUAACACCAACUACGAUUCAUUUGAAUCCACAGGGUAUCAACAAUUGCAACAAAAGCAUUUAAAAGGAGACAUGAUGGAAAGAGUAUUUAUAAAUAGGAAAAUGUUUCUUUGACACCAACAUUUGACACAAAUUUGACACUGUCCAGGUGUCAAAUUUCUAUUGGGUGAUGUUUUAUUUACUGAAACAGUUUUUUUAAUAAAGUGGCANGGGCAGAACUGGAAUAAUGAGUGUUUGAAUAUCAUUUUGGAAUUNGCGGUUUCAUUUUCNUUUCANUCUUGCUUGAGAACAGUUUCGAACACUUUCGCCUUCUCUCCAACGUCUUCGUUCUUCGUCCACCACCAUCUCCAUUGCUGCGUUCUCUCUUCGUUCUUCGUUCACCACCAUCUCCAUUGCCGCAUUCUCUCCAUUGCUCCGUUCCUUUCGUUUUAUCUCAACCAGGGAAAGGCGAUCAUUGAGAAGGUAAGCCCGUAGUGUAGGUAUGUCGUUUUUGGUUUGGUUGGGCUUCGUGUUUGUUUCGUCAUUUGCUGCCAUUGUCGCGUUUUGGUGGUUUGGGUUUUUGUGUAUCAUUUCACUUCUCAUUAUAAUGUUGUUGUUUAGGUGUUAAUUUUAUUUUUUUAAACCCUAACCAAGUAUUGAUAUUUGGGCUCUUUGGUGUUUUGAUUUUGUGUUCAGUUGGAAUGGCUUCCGGAAUCCCAAAGUGGAGGGUUCGUACUUCUUUGAAUUCAUUUUAUAUUAUUGGCAUGAAUCGUUUGUUGAGAAAAGAUCAUGUUCAACGAAUUGUUAUGAAUGAAGAAGUGUUGAAUGAAGAAGGUGUUGUUGGAGGUGAUGAAGAAGCUCUGUUUGGAGCUGCUAAAGAAGCUCUGUUUGGAGCUGCUAAAGAAGUUGAUGAAGGAGCUAUCUUUGAUGAAGAAACCGGAAAGGAAAUUCAGAUGUUUGUUCAAAUUGAUGGUGAUGGUUGUAGGAUAGGUUUCCUGUGUUCAAAUGUAGGAUANUUGUCCUGUGUUCAAAUGUAGUGAACAGAUUGUACAGAUUGUUUAUGAAGAUUGUGUAUUUUUAAUAUAUAUGAACAGAUUGUACAAAUUCUUAUAUGAAUAAGAAAUUUGA